AUGCUUCGCCGUUCCUUUUUACGCAUGGUUGGCCUGAACAAGGUUAUGCCGUUGGAGAAGGCCCUUGCCGACGUCAAGAAUGGAGCCUCACUCGCCGUUGGCGGUUUUGGAACGGGUGGCAUGCCACACGCGCUUGCAAAGGAGCUUAAGCGCACUGGUGUCCGGGACCUCAGCAUCUACAGCGAUGGUGGCGGUAUUGAUGGCUACGGCAUUGGUCUGUUGUUUGAGGAUAAGCAAAUUAAGAAGAUGAUCGUAAGCUACGUUGGCAACAACAAACUUUUUGCACAGUCGUACCUGAAGGGUGAUGUGGAGCUGGAGUUUUCCCCACAAGGCACCCUUGCCGAGAGGAUGCGUGCAGGUGGUGCUGGCAUUCCUGCUUUUUACACCGCCACAGGGUUUGGCACGGUGGCGCAGACUGGCGGCCAGAUCACGAGACACAAUCCGGAUGGUUCCGUCGCCUGCGAGUCUGCUCCGAAGGAGACGCGCUUUAUGGACGGUCGCUGGUACGUUAUGGAGCGCGCCAUCCGCACCGAUUUCUCUCUUGUGAAGGCGUGGAAGGGGGAUCGGAGUGGUAACCUUGUGUUCCGUGGUACCUCCCGCAACUUCAACGUCCCCGUUGCUCAGUGUGGCCACACCGUUGUUGCGGAAGUGGAGAAUCUUGUGGAGAACGGCGAAUUGGACCCGCAUGAUGUGCACCUGCCGGGCGUUUACGUGGACCGCGUCGUGGUACCUGAACGGUACGAUACUUGGAUUGAGAAGCGCACGAUCUCACGUUCCCAAUCCACUGAGAAGCGUGCAGCAAAAACACCGGAGGAGGAGGCCCGCCAACGCAUUGCUCGCCGCGCUGCACUCGAGUUUUCCGACGGCAUGUAUGUGAAUUUGGGAAUUGGCAUCCCGACAGAGUCCGCCAAUUACAUCCUUUCCGGUGUGAAUGUGGUGCUGCAGUCUGAGAACGGCCUUCUCGGUAUGGGCCCCUUCCCUGAGGAAGAUAAGGUGGAUUGCGAUUUGAUCAAUGCAGGUAAGCAGACCAUCUCGUACCUCCCUGGUGCCGCCUUGUUUGACAGUGCAACCUCCUUUGCAAUGAUUCGUGGUGGUCACAUGGACCUCACGAUGCUUGGCGCUCUUGAGGUAAGUGGCAACGGAGAUCUCGCCAACUUUAUGAUUCCCGGCAAACUGGUGAAGGGCCCUGGGGGCGCGAUGGAUCUUGUGUCGAGCGGGGCACGCGUUGUUGUGACGACAUCGCACUGCAACAAGAAGGGUGUUCCUAAGAUCGUCGAACGCUGCAAAUUGCCGGUGACUGGCAAGAAUUGUGUCAACCGUAUUAUCACCGAAUUUGCUGUCUUUGACGUGGAGAACGGCCAGCUCGUGCUGAAGGAGGUCGCUGAGGGCGUCAGCGUAGAGGAGGUGAGGAAGAUGACAGAUGCCCACUUCCUUGCAAAAGAUGUGAAGACAAUGCCGCUGGCGCCCGUUCCGCCAGGCAUGAUGUAA